AUUGGUAUGGGUUCGCAAACGCUGGAAAUUUUAAGACAAGGCGUCUGGGCGAGCCUGACAGGAGGCUGGUUUUACGAUCCACAUCUCGAUGUUUUCUCAAAUACCUUUCAUCUCUAUGUCUGGCUGUUUUUGCUUUGUCUUCCAUUUACGAUAUAUCUCUAUUUUCCACCAACAUUAUAUGUUUGGUUAGCUUAUUGUUCGUCCAUUGUUGUAUUAUUUGGUACAAUAAAGUGCAUAAAUCAUGCAUUGCAUUGUGUCUAUGAUACAACUGAAUGUUUGGAAGAACCAGGUCAAUCUAUUAGUCAACAGAAAUCUGAAAGCGAGAAAAGACGUGUGGCACGUAAUAAACAUAGAGAACAAUUACAAGAUCAAGUUGAGCAUGGUAUAGAACUCCAAGUUUUAAAUGGUAAAACUGAUACUCCACCUGUGGAAUGUUCAUCUCGUAACUCUUUUAUUGAGUCCAAUAUACAAAAUGCAGAUGCUGAUAGUAUAACAUCAGAAUAUAAUAGAGAAAAACCUAGUUCUACUAUAGAUUUAAAAGUUGAAAUACAUAGAAAAAAUAGCUCAGAAAGUUCAGAAGAAGCACAACAAUUAAGCAAACCCAUGGUAACGAGUAUUAAUGUACAUGAAGCAGAAUUAGUUUCUGCUCAAUACCAUGAACCACGUUUUAGGAAUAUAAUAAAUGAAUGGCGAUUAAAACGACAAAAAUGUGUGGUGAUAGCAGAAGAAGAUCGACCAGGUCCACGUAAAUUGUGUAGACAUGCAUCCGAAGAUUCUAGAAAUCGACACUCGAAACAGGGUAGCCUUGGGAAAACUGGAUCUGAGAGCCAAAUAAAACAAACUAGUUCCUUAGAAUUAGAACAUCAUGGUGAUGAUUAUGCUUAUUGGAAAUCGAAUCAAAGUGUUCGAAGACUUAAUUCAAACUCAAUUCCUAUGGAAACUCAUUUAAUAAAUGAUCAUCCACAAAGUCUUGAAAUUAUAUCAAAGAAAGAAGAUGCGGACAAAAAUAAAAUCUCAUCACAUCCUCAAUCAUUAGAGGUGAUUACUAAAAAGCCACAUCAGCAACUUAUUCAUCCACAAAGUCUUGAAACUAUUGGUGCAACUAACAAAAAUGUAAAUAUUACAGAUGAUAAUAAUCUACCUUUACAUCCACAAAGUCUUGAAACAAUUAAUACUAAAAAGGUUUUACCUCAGAAUACCUUAACAAGAAAUCAAUUACAAUUAUUACCAUAUCUUAGCUAUGGAUCUGAAAUAGUUCAUCCAAUAGCAGAACAAAGUGAUGAACAAUUUGCUAAUGAAAGUUCUGGGGGUUUCAGUCUUGGAGAUUCAUAUAGUCCAUUAUUAACUAGAAAAACAACGAAUGACAACACUACUACUUCUAAUCGUGACAGAAGUCUUAGUACUAGUAGAUUUGAUGAUAGAUUUUCAAGAUUUAAUGGUGAUACUGUAGUUGACAAUGAUUCUGCAAACUCUCGUGAUGCACUUCUUGAAGAGCCAAAAUCUAAUAUUAAAAGAAGAUACAGUAAUGCAAGUCAAAGCAGUCAUGAAUAUUCUGAUGGAGAGAGACAUAAAGAUAAACGACAUGAUAAAACGAAAAAUAUAGAAGAUCCUCUAAACUCAGGCAGUGUUGUUGGAAUAGAUUGGUUAUUUGAAAGUAGUGAUUGCCCAAUUGAACCAUGGACAAGUAAAAUAUUUUGGACUUUUACUCGAUCUGAUGAUACGGAUACAUCAGAAAGUCUACAGACAGCUAGUACUGAUUAUCUCCAUGCAAAAGAACCAGAUUCAGGUUCAUCUAGUACAACAACUUUAAGCAUAGAAAAUGAAGUAAAACGAAAAUUACUUCCACAAUUGGAAAUAGAUAAUAAACGUCAUCAAGGUGCCAUUCCAAAGCAAAGCCGUCCGAAACCUACGCAAGAAACAACAGAUGACAACAUUUCUUGCAUUGAACAAAUCAGACCAAAACCGAAACGAACAAUGGAAAUUCGCAAAGAAAAAGAUAGAAGAGAAACAAAAUUUGAGCAAACGACUGGUUCAAAUAAUGAGUUGAGCACGCUAUUACCUAGUCCUGCACCUCCAUUAUUGGCUGCAUUAUUAAAUUCUGGCAGAGAUUUGUCUGCUCAGUCCAGUACUGUAUCUGAUCUCAGACCUAAUCGUAACUCUGAAACUAGAAAUUCUCGAGCAAGGCAGAGUCGCUUAAAACGUUCGAAUAGAACUCAUAGAGGGCCAAGGCCUACUAGAGAUGAUAAUGUUGUACCAUUGACUGCUCUGUUUGGUUUAAUAUCUAAUGGAGAAUGUCAUUUAGCAACUAAUCAUAAUGACACGUCUGAAGGGGCUGUGCAUUAUUUUCGAGAUGAUAAUGGAGGAUGGUUGGCAUAUACUUUUGAUGAAAAAGGUUCUGGUCUUGCUACAGCAACACAAAUUCCUUCAAGUAAUAAUGAAAAAUUAUUGAAUACUUUAUUGCGUCAACAACUUAAUCAAAAUUUACAUUAUGAUGCAAAUUGGGAAUUAACAGAUUCAUUAAGUAAUAGUUAUAGCAGUUUAUCUUUAAAUUCUGCUGGUUUAACAGUUAUCAUAGAUACACCGCCCGUUUUAUCAAGUCCAGCGAGCAAUCAGACCAAAACACAAAAUUCAUUGCCAUCAAAUUUAAUUUCUUCAAAUGCUGGAAGCUCAAGCCAAUGUCCAGUGGGAAAUCCAGAAUGUGAUCAGCUUCGUCAUACUCUUAUUUCGCGUUCCGACUCAAUGGCAGAAAGAAAUCGCAGAUUGCAUAGUUUAUUAGGAAAUUUUAAUUUAUAUUCUUACUCAUCAGAUUCCAAUAAUCGCGUGCCCGUAUUAACAUUGCCUGCACAUCAAGAAGCUGACAUAAACUCAAGUUUAUCUUGGAAUCGUUUUAUAGAUGGUUUAGAUGGAUCUGAUACAAAACCUAAACAAACAAGGCAUUAUUAUAAAUGGAAAAUAGGAAAAUUACCACAUGUCAAAGUGCGAUUUGAUAGAUUAUCAUUGUUAGCUCUACUCGAUCGUAAUUUAACUUCUCUAGAAACAAUUGUUUCUACAUUAUUAGCUGUUAUUGUUGCAGGUUUAGGUUUAAUUUUGCUUCAGCAAGGAUUUUAUCGAGAUAUCUUUGCUUUUAUGUUCUGUUUUGUAACUGCUGGUUGUCAAUAUUCUUUAUUAAAAUCAGUUCAACCAGAUGCUGCGUCCCCGACACAUGGUUUUAAUCGUAUUAUAGUGUUUUCUAGACCAGUAUAUUAUAUAUUAUGUUCAGGAUUUAUUUUAAUCUUUAAUGAAUCGUUAAGGAAUUUUAAAAGUUCAGAAUUUCGUGUAUAUGGUUUACGUGUUGUUGAUUGUGACGUUAUAUUACAAAUAAGAAAUGUUUUACUAAUUUUUCUUCUUUGUUUCCCAAUUGUAUUCUCAUUAGGUUUGUUUCCACAGAUAAACACUUUCCUAAUGUAUCUCUGUGAACAUUUAGAUAUCCACUUAUUUGGUGGAAAUGCUGCUACCAGUCUGGUGUCUUCUAUAUACUGUCUUGCUCGUAGUAUAAUCACUGUUAUUAUAUUAUAUGGAUUUGCAUAUGGUGCUCUUACUGAACCUAAAUCUUCACAACACAUUUUAUUUUCUAUCUUUGCUGGAUUACUUGUAGCUAUAUCUUAUCAUCUAAGUAGGUCAUCUUCAGAUCCUAGUGUUAUUUGGGACAUUGUAAAAUCAAAUCUUUGGCCUCCAGAAAUGUACAUUGAAGAGAAAGAAGCAAAGAUUAUAGAAAAUACAACUCAUAAAGAUAAUUUAACUACAACAUAUAAAGAAGCUAAAAUUAGAACAUCUGGUAGAAAAAAAGAUGUAAAAAUAAAAGUUGGAGAACAAAUGUCUGAUUCAGAAUUAGUCGACCCUCUUCCAGAGAAAUUACGUGCAACUGUUAAUGCCAGACUGAAAAAUGAUCUAAUUGUCUGUGCUGUGAUUGGAAUUUUAUCCUUUGGAAUUCAUUGCUCUACAGUAUUCACUGCUUUACAACCAGAAUUAAAUCCUGUAUUAUGGGGUAUCGUCAGUUGCUUAGGAUUUCUUCUACAUUAUAUAGUACCACAGCUUAGAAAACAAUUACCAUGGUUGUGUCUUGCAAGACCUGUGUUACGUAGUCAUGAACAUGCACAAUUUGAAGUACGCGAGCCAGUCAAAAUUAUGUGGUUUGAGAAAGCUUAUGUUUGUUUAUGUUUUCUUGAGAGAAACAUUCUUUAUCCUAUUGUAUUUUUAGGUGCACUUACUGAAUGUUCAUCAAAGAUAGUAUCCAAAUUUGGAGAAAGUAUUGGAGCAUUGAUUAUCGUUAUAUGCGGAUUAAAAUCUUUACGUUCGGCAUAUUCUGAUCCAUCAACUCGUUAUUUAGUUCUCGUUUUCGCUGUUCUUUUUUUUAAAAUAGAUUUUCGUGAUUUAAGUGAAACAUUUUUAGUAGAUUAUUUUGUAACAGGUAUAGCAUUUGCAAAAAUUUAUGAAUUGUUAUUAAAAAUAAGAUUUAUUGUAACAUAUAUCGCGCCAUGGCAAAUUACUUGGGGUAGUGCUUUUCAUGCCUUUGCCCAACCAUUCUCCGUUCCACAUUCUGCAAUGCUUUUCCUUCAAGCAGGUAUAUCUGCUAUGUUAAGUACGCCAUUAAAUCCACUUUUAGGAAGUGCAAUUUUUAUAUCAUCGUAUGUACGUCCAGUUAAAUUUUGGGAACGUGACUAUAAAACAAGAAGAGUUGAUCAUUCAAAUACACGAAUGUCUUCACAUUUAGAUCGUAAUUUAGGUGCAGAUGAUAAUAAUUUAAAUUCUAUAUUUUAUGAACAAUUGACACGGUCUCUUCAGCAUAGUCUUUAUGGUGAUCUUGCUCUUGGUCGUUGGGGUAAUGUAGAGCAAGGAGAUUGUUUUCUUUUAGCAUCUGAUUAUCUAAAUUGUUUAGUACAUAUAGUGCAGUUAGGAAACGGUUUAGUUACUUUUCAAUUAAGGGGUCUUGAGUUCAGAGGAACAUACUGUCAACAAAGAGAGGUUGAAGCAAUAUCUGAAGGUAUCGAAGAUAAUGAUAAUUGUUGUUGUUGUGAAAUGGGACAUUUUUCAAAUGUACUUAGUGUCAAUGCAGCUUUUAGUCAGAGAUGGCUUGCUUGGGAAGUUGCAAGUGCCAAGUAUGUACUUGAAAGUUACUCGAUUUCGGAUAAUUCAGCUGUGUCAAUGCUGCAAGUCUAUGAAUUUCGUAAAGUAUUAAUUACUUAUUAUGUCAAAAGUAUUGUUUUCUAUGCUCUUAAGUCUCCAAAAUUAAAAACUUGGUUGGAGAAUCAAGAUAUUAUUGAUGCACUUAAAACAACAUUGGAUAAAAAUUUCGCGGAUCUUGAUCCUGUUUUUAAUAUGAAUAUUGACGAAGACUUCGACUUUCGAGCAAGUGGUAUUACAAGAAGUAGCUUUUGUAAUGUUUACCUUGAUUGGAUACAAUAUUGUGCAACUAAGCAUGAUAAGUCAUUAGAAAAAACACGUGAUUCAAAUCUGGUAUCACUUUGUCUGGGCUUAAGUCUUUUGGGAAGACGCGUUUUAGGAGCAGCUUCUCACAACACUGUGUCAAGUGUCGAAUUCUUUUUAUAUGGUCUACAUGCACUGUUUAAAGGAGAUUUUCGAAUAACAUCACCACGAGACGAAUGGGUACUUCAUGAUGUUGAAUUACUAAGAAGUGUUGUUGCUAAAGGUGUAAGAAUGGCCUUAAAAUUGCAUCAAGAUCAUUUUAUGAGUUCAGAACAAUACAUAGAAUGCUGUGCUCUUUAUGAAGCCAUUGACAAUCAUGAUAAAAAUCUUGUGAUUAGUCACGAAGCUGAUCCUUUAUGGAGAAAUGCUGUUUUAAGUGGAGCACCCAGUCUUUUGGCACUUAGGCAUGUACUUGACGAUGGCAUUGAUGAAUAUAAAGUAAUAAUGCUUAAUAAACGUUACUUAAGCUUUCGAGUAAUUAAAAUGAAUCGUGAAUGUGUUCGUGGUCUUUGGGCUGGCCAACAACAAGAAUUAGUAUAUUUAAGAAAUCGAAAUCCUGAACGCGGUUCUAUACAGAAUGCGAAGCAGGCAUUAAGAAAUAUAAUUAAUAGUUCUUGUGAUCAACCAAUUGGAUAUCCAAUUUAUGUUUCACCAUUAACUACCAGUUAUGCAGAAACUAAUGAACAGUUAUGUUCCAUAGUUGGAGGUCCUUUAAGUUUUGGUACCAUUAAAUCGACUGUGUUAAAAUUGUGGCGGAGGUAUAGCCACUGUAUUACAUACACACACACACACACUCACACACACACAUAUAUAUAUAUAUGUGUGUGUAGAAUUGUAUAUUAUGAAUAUAAAUAUAAUCAAUAUUUAUAUUUCAGAGUAAGAAGAAGAUGUGGUCAAGGGUGUUCAUCGGGUGGAACGGGAUCGCAAGAUGAUGGGGGUUUUGGAAAUGAUGGAGUAUACUCUAUGACCACAUACAAUAUCCACUCUGGAUAUGGACAAUCAGGUCAUAAUACAUCGGGAUCACAAUCAAUGGAAUCUGGAUGUCAAAUUGGUGGUUCAACGGGACGUGGUUCUUUAGGUCGAGCAAACACAAGUUCUCUUGGUGGUAACAGAGGUUCACUUGCUUCUGUUGGAAAACCCACUAGUUCAACACUUGCCAGUUUGGCUGGACUUCUUAGUAAUAGUGACAUCAAAACUGAAAGUAAAAGUGAAACAAGUUUUUCUAAUAAACUUGACAAAGAGGAAGUGUUUCAGAGAGUUCGUAUUAUGGACCCGAAUCAAGUAUAUGAUGCAAUUAAUCUUGGUCGUCGAAUAGAUGUAAUUUGGCCAGACGAAAAAAUGAGACAACAAGGUGGUCGAUCGGGUUGGCAACAUUGGGUACCAGAAAGAGGAAUGGAAGGAUGUGUUGUCCAUCGUUGGUCUCCAAAUCAUCGCGAUCCUAAUCGUCGAUCACAUGUUGAUAAAGUUAUAUUGCUUGUUAAAAUCGAUGACAAAUAUGUUCCAAUAGCAGAACAAGGAGUACGAGAUCUGGGUGCAGAAGUUUAGUCAAAUAUUUUUCCAUAUACUAUAAAAUCAUAUUCUGAUAAUUCUUAUAGAUCAAUUUUUUAAUCUAUAUAUUACAAUAAUAUAUUAAAGUGUCGAUUGUGGUAAAUGCAUUCCAGUUUGGUAAAAACACAGACUAUUCUGAGUCACAAGAAUAUUUUUAAAUUAAUUUAUCAUUAAUAGAAAAACAAAUUUCUUUUAAAUGAUUAUUUUUUUAUAUAAUCAAGUAUAAUAAUGCAAUAAUUUAUUUUAAAUAAUAAUUUUUUUUCAUUCGAAUAACAUCCCUGGAAUAGAAUCGAAAACUAUCAUAAAUAUCAACAAAUAAUAGAAAAUAUUUAAUCCUGAGGAUAUGAAACUCGCUUAUAGACAGAUAUAUUUUAAUACUUUUUAACAAAGUCAACCACAGAAACACUAUUUUUCUUAAUUUUCAAGAAAACGUAAAAAUAAUUAUUGAGUUAUGGAGUGCAAAGUAAAUUGUAUCAUGUUGUAUCAUACUGUGUAUUAUAUUACUAUUAGUUGACUUACAAAAUAGCAUAUAAAUAUGAUGCUACUUGUUGUUAAAUAAGUUGUAAAAUUGCUUUUAUAGGGUAAAUAUUGAAUAUAUUCAUUCUUUGUUAAUUUAUGACAUUAAAAAAUGUACAUAAUUUUAACAAUUCAAAUAUUAUGUAGUAGGUACUACAUUCUAUUUGAACUGCAUAUUUCUAUUGUCAUUAUUAAAUAGAAUGAAUGUAUCCAAUAACAACAAGAGGCAUCAAUAGAAAAUUGUAUAUAAAAUCAUUUGUGUUUUUCUACAUUUUGUUAUAUUUUUUUUAACUACUUGGUAGGGAUGAAUUGUAAAUUGUAAAUAAGAAAACAUUUGCAAAAUUAAAGCGUCCAAAUGUAUCUAA